AAGAGAACCACCAAAUCAGUUCCCUUUCUCUUCUCUUCUCAUUCGACGAAGGAGAGAUGGAGGCGAAGAAGAGGGCGGCCACCAUUGCCGCCCUUUGCAUGCUCCUCAUCAUGUCAGUGCCAUCCCAGCAGCAGGUGUCCACCAUGUCCUUCUGCAGCUGUUACCAGCAGUGCUACCCCGGGUGCAGGCAUAGCACCCCUUGGUGGCUCUGCAACGUCAACUGUGCUGGCAACUGCGACGUUGGCGACAGGGAGGACUCCCUUGCCGCGUGCAUCAUGGUCUGCAGCACGGACUCCGUCUGCGGCCCGGUGGUGGCACCAGCCUAUGCACAAGGUGUUGCGGAUUGUAUAGCGGAGUGCAACAAGAGGUGGGGGCAAUAAUUAACGCCAAGUAACCUUCAAAAUAAAGAGCUGAAGAAACUGUGGAUCAUAUGAUGUUGAACGUCUGUCACUGCUGAACCAAUCAGAAAAAUGUGUUCCGUGUGCGUCGGGGCCACUUGUCUGAAUUUUUUUGCAAAUCUCAAAGUGGCAUAUUUAUUUUGUAAGUUAACACAUGCUACAAGAAUUCAAACAUCAGCAGUCGCA